AUGGCGGCCCCGCAGGCCCCGCCGAGGCGGCGAGAAGGCGAGAGGGGAGACGCGGCCCGCGCUCACCCGGCGGGCGAACAGCCGCGGUCGACUAACCGCUGCCGGGGGGCCGGAACCCGCGGCUCGGGCGCCCGCGGGCCGGGGGGCCGGCACUCGCUCCCGGAAGUGGCUGUUGCCAGGAGCAACAAAGCAACGCGGAGGCUGAGGAGCGGCCCGCUCGGGGUCAGCACCCGCGGGUGGGGACGCUGCGGCGCGCGGAGAGCCGGCAGUGCGCUCCCCGUAGCAGGGGCUGCCGGGCCACGACCCCACAGUUCGCGGGCGCCGCUGAUCCAGGCCCGCACCUGCCGAGCGGGAUUCGCCGCGGUCCGCUCCCGGAAGUGGCUGUUGUCGGGGCGACCUCAAACAGACGCAGCAGCUGAGGGGAGCGCGGAAGGCCCGGCGACUGGCCUGGGCCCCGAGACUCCGCCCGGGGAGAGGGGAAGGGCGGGAGGGAGGAUGCUAGGUCGGGAAAGGCGGGGGUGGGCGCGCACAGGCCCCGAGCAUUUUCUUUCCAGCCCGCUCCUAGUCUCUUCCGCGUUUCGGCCGCCGGCAGUCUCCACUUCCGGAAACGCCUCCCGCUGCUUCCGGUCUGGAAAAGUCUGGGAGGCGGGUUCCGAUUGCUGAGGCGUGCUGUCUGUCCCCGCUGCUCCGGUUCUCAGCACCGAGGGCCUGGGAAGGUGGCCGCACUCCUCUGUGCGGGCUGGUUCGGACCCGCAUGUCUAGGGGAGCUCCAGCGGCUGCUGCUGGGGCGACCCUCCCCGAACCCUCCAGGCUCCGGCCGACCGCUCUCGGGUCAGGCGCCGGUGAGAGGGCGGCACAUCCAGGGUUACUGCUCUCAGGGAGCUUACAUGCCAGUAAGGCGACUGAAUCAACCCCUUUGGGUCUGGAGUUGGAACAAGUG